CAAUAACCACUGCCCAAAGUAACUUCGAUCUUGUCAUAUAUAAACACUCUAAUUCAUUUUGCUUUUAUCUGGGGGAGGGAACUAUUCUUUUCUUGGAAGGAAAAAUAAAUUUAUUUUAUGUAUGUUGGAAAUCGUCCAACUGCAUAUGAGAAAAAAUGAAUAAUUGUCCAGUUACGGAUUUUAUGUAUUUUUGUUGGGGGAGGGGACUAUUCUUCGUUAGCGAUUAACUAGUGAAUAGCAUAAUCAUAGAAAACAAUGAAUAAUUAAAUUUUAAAGUAAAAAAGGGGUCCAUGUCGGGGGAGCAAAGAAAUUAAAUUGACCGGGCCAUCCAGUUUUGACGAGCUCGCUCACUAUUUAAUCCCCCCAAUUAAUCUUGAAGAAGAUCACCGCCAUAUAACACAACUGCACAAAAAGCCACUAUACAUUUUAAAGCUAUCUCAUCAUCUGAAAAAUCAAUCUUCCAGUCAGAGAGGCAUAAGUUAAUUAUCAUCUCGGAAUAGAUGGACAACAGCAGCAGCAACGGCCACGUGAACGGCGAUCACAGGUGGAGUGAGACGGCGGGGAAGGUGAUAACAUGCAAAGCCGCGGUGGCGCCCGGUCCGGGACAACCCAUAGUGGUGGAGGAAAUCCUGGUGGAUCCACCCAAGUCAAUGGAGGUCCGGAUCAAGAUUCUCUACACUUCCAUUUGCCACACCGAUCUCAGCGCUUGGCUCGGCGAGAACCCAGCCCAGAGCAUUUAUCCUCGAGUUCUGGGACACGAAGCCGUCGGAGUGGUAGAGAGCGUUGGAGAAGGGGUGACGGACUUGUCACCGGGAGACCACGUGGUUCCGAUAUUCAACGGAGAAUGCGGGGAUUGCGCUUACUGCGAUUCCGACAAGACCAACUUGUGCGGGAAGUACCGCGUGAAUCCGUUCAAGUUCGUCAUGUCCGGCGACGGCGCCACCCGGUUCCACACCAAAGACGGCAACCAACCCAUCUACCAUUUCCUUAACACCUCCACCUUCAGUGAGUACACCGUCAUGGAUUCCGGUUGCGCCGUCAAGAUCCCUCCCGGCGCUCCCCUCAAGCAAAUGACCUUGCUCAGCUGCGGCGUUUCCACAGGUCUUGGAGCCGUGUGGAAUACGGCUAACGUACAAGCUGGUGCAACUGUGGCAGUGUUUGGCCUAGGUGCCGUGGGUCUCGCUGCUGUAGAAGGAGCAAGGGCUCGUGGGGCAUCUAGAAUCAUCGGGGUGGAUGUUAAUCCCCAGAAAAGUAUCAAAGGUAAAGCGAUUGGAAUUACAGACUUCAUAAACCCUAAAGAUCACAAGAAGCCAGUACAUGAGGUGAUAAGGGAGAUGACGGGAGGUGGUGUUGAUUAUAGUUUCGAGUGUGCUGGCAACGUUGACGUUCUUCGGGAGGCUUUCCUCUCAACCCAUGACGGAUGGGGUUUCACGGUGGUGCUAGGGAUUCAUCCCAGUCCAAGAAUGAUGCCACUGCAUCCAAUGGAAUUAUUCGAUGGCAGAAGAAUUGUGGGUUGUGUCUUCGGUGACUUCAAAGGCAAAUCUCAACUUCCUGCUUUUGCCAAAAAAUGCGUGGCCGGGGUUAGUUCACUCGUCCCUUUCAUAUUUAUCUUUCCGUCUCAUUUUAAUAAUCUAUUUUUAGUUUAACAAAAGAAAUUAAUAAAAUAAUUUCACAAAAAAAAAAUAAUAAAAUGAUGAGAAAACGGAUGACUUUUUUUUUUUUUUUUUGCCUCAAUAAAAGAGAGUAUAAAUGGUUCUGAUACUGAUUAGUUUUUUGUAAAUAAAAUUGGAUCAGGAGGUGAAGUUGGAUGAGUUCAUUACACAUGAGCUGCCCUUUGAGAAGAUUAACGAAGCAUUCCAACUCCUUGUGGACGGCAAAUCUUUAAGAUGCCUUCUUCAACUUUAAUUGAUUGAUUUGGCUUCUUGUUUUUUUCCUCCCCUCUUUUUUCUUUUUUCUUUUCUUUUUUCUUUCUUUCUUUUUUUUUUUGUGUGUGUUGUUGUUGCUAUAUACUACUUCUUGUGCUCUUCGAUCGAGCUAUAUAUGAAGGUGUGGGUUCAAGUUCACAGUUCACACAAAAUGGCAAGCACCUGCUUUUUUGGUGUUUAAUGCAUUGUGGGAUUGGAUUGUUUAUGUUUUCCGAUGUACAUUUAACGUAAUAAAAUUUUAGUGCUUAAAUUUGUACAAAUAUCCUGCUCAAGAUCAAACAAUUUCAAAUGUCAAGUUAACAGAACUUUUUAGUGCAAUGUUGCAUUAACUCGUGACGGUGUGAUACCUGCUCCGUACAUAAUGUAAACAUGAGUUCAAACAAAAGAUCUUCGAGUAUUGGGCCAAUUAAUAAAUAUACA